CGGGUCGGCGCAAGUUUUCGAUAAACCGCCCGCGAAAACCGAUACGACCGAUUUAACUAGUGCUAAUAUUAUAUCGAAAAAAAUCCCACCAACUCCAGUAUUCUUGAAGUUUUUUAACUUUCUCUUUUCGGAUCCAAUUUGCGAUACCCAGUCGUCCUAGAGUGCGCAUACUCCCCGUCCGACACCAAAUCCCAAGUUUUCCGCUAAACUAGGUGAUGUUUAUCGGCGAACAGACCUCGAACGCCUUCGACAGUCACUAAGACUGGCUCAACCACGAAAUUCUUCGGCUCUAGGAAACGAUGGACCUUCGGGGCACAAAUCUUUGUUGUCAGGUAUCACUUCUACUACGCAGCCAUAUGGUCAUAAGAUGACCUUCGACAAUGGGGAGGUGGAAGGCCGCCCACCCUAUAUCCACUCCAUGAUCGCCGGAGGACUUGGUGGAACUACUGGUGACAUGUUGAUGCACUCGCUCGAUACCGUCAAGACACGACAGCAAGGCGACCCGCAUUUCCCACCCAAAUAUACCUCGUUAGGUUCAUCUUACUAUACAAUAUGGCGUCAAGAAGGAGUUGCGCGUGGUCUAUAUGGAGGUUGGCUUCCAGCGAUGAUGGGCUCUUUUCCCGGAACGGUACUCUUUUUCGGAACGUAUGAAUGGAGCAAACGGCAUAUGCUAGACUAUGGCAUUCAAUCGCAUAUAUCAUAUUUGACGGCUGGUUUUCUUGGCGAUUUGGCCGCGUCCAUAGUCUAUGUACCUUCUGAGGUAUUAAAGACCCGUCUCCAACUUCAAGGGCGGUUCAACAACCCUCAUUUCAAAUCAGGAUAUAACUAUAGAGGAACAUGGGAUGCCGUAAGGACCAUCAUCAGAACAGAAGGGUUUCCAGAACUAUUCUCUGGCUAUAAAGCAACACUAUACCGAGAUCUUCCAUUUUCCGCGUUGCAAUUUAUGUUUUACGAGCAAUUCCAGAGCUGGGCCCGCGAAUACAAGAAAAGCAGAGAAAUCGGAACCCGAUUGGAACUUCUAACUGGAGCAGCUGGCGGGGGGCUAGCUGGUGUCAUCACUUGUCCUCUUGAUGUUGUUAAGACUAGAUUACAAACACAGAUCGAUCCAAUUCCUGCCAUAAACAAGCCGAAAGACCGGGUAGUAGCUAAGGAAACGACAUCGAAACCUGUCCAAUCGCCAUCCUCACCAAAACUACAAAAGCGACCCAUAUCAACAUCAUCACCUUCGACACAUACGCCAAGGCCAGGCGCUAUCCCAUUAGACGAGGAUUCAAUAUUAAAAGGUCUCAAACUGAUAUAUAAAACAGAAGGAAUCGGAGGGUGGUUUAGAGGAGUAGGGCCACGGUUCGUGUGGACAAGUGUACAAAGUGGUUGCAUGUUGUUUUUAUAUCAAACCAUUUUACGAAAACUAGAGGUAUGGAUUCCGAUGGAGAGAUCCGACAUCUCAAGUUAAAACUUGAGGAAAGGGAAGGCCUUUGGUUUUGGAUUUAAGGAGGGUCAAGAGGCAUUAGAAGGCAGGCAUUGUACAAACAACUCAGCACACAUCCCGCAUGGCGUUGAAAGGAUAUAUGGACAAAGAGGAAAAGAAUAGACUUAUGAUGAAUAGAAAUCUCCAACUUGUUAAUUUAUUAUGAAGACGAGAUACGAAGUUUUUAGGUAGUUCUGAAUAGAUUUUUGGGUGGAUGUACUACAUUGUAUAUACAAA